GGGAGGGAAGGAGGGGGGGGCGGGAAGAUCGCGCGCCCGCCAUGGCGUCCCCUCCGUGCGCCUUCUCGCCCCGCGGCCGCCGCCUCUUCGCCGCCUGCGGGCCCGACGGGCGCCUCCGCGUGUGGGACGCGGCCGGCAGCCGCCUGCAGCACGAGUACGUGCCCUCCGCGCACCUCAGCGCCGCCUGCACAUGCCUGGCCUGGGCCCCGCCGGAGGGGAGGCAGAUCCCCAGCAAGGAUGGCCCUCAGAGGAAAAAACGGAAGUCUGAAGUUGGAGAAGUGGAGAAGCAGUUAGAUAUCCUGGCUAUUGGUACAGCAGUUGGUAGCAUUUUGUUGUACAGCACAGUAAAAGGAGAAUUACAGAGCAAGCUAGAUGGUGGUCAUGACAGUAGAGUAAACUGUGUAAGAUGGCAUCAAGACAACUGCUGCUUGUAUAGCUGUUCAGAGGACAAACACAUUGUGGAAUGGAACACACAGACCUGCAAAGUAAAAUGUAAGUGGAAAGGCGACAAUAGCAGUGUCACCUGUCUAUGCAUCAGUCCAGAUGGAAAAAUGCUGCUGUCAGCCGGUAGAACUAUAAAACUGUGGGACUUGGAGACCAAAGAAGUCUACAGACAUUUCACAGGCCAUGCUACAUCAGUGUCAUCAUUAAUGUUUACCACAGUGAAACCUAUGAAUGAAAGUAUACCUUUUGAUGGGAUUACAGGACUUUAUUUCUUGUCUGGAGCCAUACACGACCGAUUAUUGAGUGUAUGGCAGAUCAGGUCAGAUAGAAAAGAAAAGAAUGCUGUGAUGUCUUUUGCAGUAACAGAUGAACCAAUUUUUGUUGACCUGACUGUAUCAGAAGUCAAAGAAGAGCCUGUGAAGUUAGCAGUUGUGUGCAGGGAUGGGCAGUUGCAUUUAUUUGAACAUAUCUUAAAUGGUUAUUGCAAAAAACCCUUAACAUCAAACUGUACUAUCCAGAUAGCAACACCUGGAAACGACGGGGACUCCACACCAAAACCGGUCCCUAUUUUAGCAGCUGCGUUUUGCACGGACAAACAGUCUCUGCUGCUGGUGUAUGGAAACACCUCACAGCCCGUCAUAGAGAAAGUGUCUUUGAACACCAGUGAACCCCACAUAUGUUUAGUAAGGGACAUCCAGAAAGUGUUGUCACUUAAAACAGAUGCUGCUCUAACGAAGGUAAAGACGCCUGUUGUGAACUCGGACACCAAAGUUCUAGUGCCUGGCAUUCCAGGACAUAGUACAGCUGUCAAAACUCCAGCCUCGGGAAAGGAGAAGAAGAAAAACAAGAGGAAACCAGGGGAGACAGAGGAGAGCAUUGAGGAGCGCCUUGGGGCAUUGGAUAUUGAUGUGAGCAAAGUAAAAACUCCAGGUGGCCUUCCACAAACAGACAGCUUAGCCGUGCUGCUGGUUCAGGGCUUGGAAAGCAACGAUGCAGAAAUCUUAAAUAAAGUGCUUAAUACAAGAAAGGAAAAUAUAGUAAAGAACACAGUAGCCAGAAUGCCUAUAUAUGCUGUCAUUCCACUGCUGCAUGAGCUUACGAAGAGAUUGCAGGGCAACCCAUACAGUGCCUCACUAAUGGUUCGAUGGCUGAAGUCUGUUUUUACCCUACAUGCAUCCUACCUUUCCACAUUGCCAGACCUUAUUCCUCAGCUGGGAAUGUUAUACCAGUUAAUGGAGAGCAGAGUAAAAACUUUGCAAAAGCUUUCCCGUCUGCACGGAAGACUCUUCAUUCUUGCCAGCCAGGUUGCAGCAUCAGAAGCAGUUCAGGAUGUACCUGAGGUUAAUCAGACUGCAAAGCUGGUCUAUGAGGAUGAAUCCUCGGAGGAGGAAGGCUCAGAUGAUGAGAUGAUUGCAGAUAAAGACUCGGAUGAAAACUGGGAUGAAGAUGAAGAAAAAGAGGAGCAAUCUGAUGAACAAGACAUGACUGUUGAAAAGGAAAUCAAUGGUGAUUCUGAUUUGGAACCAGAAAAUGAAAGCGAAGAAGAAUAACAGCACGAAAGAAUAAUUUUAACAGUUUGAACAUGUGGGCCACCAACCUCUUUAAUUCUGGAUCAUGUUGCUGAAAGAUGCUGUAUUUGCAUAUCAGGAGUGCAGAGUCAUGCACGGCCUGUGUGCAGAGGCACAUGUGGGGCACUGUGCAUUUCUGAAUCCAGAAUGUUUAACCGUGCCAGCCUUCUCUCGCCCUAUUUCCCUGCGCUUACUUAUAGAAACAUUUCUUCCACCUCAUGGUCAAAGUAUGCCUGUCAUGUGGACAUGCAUUUGUAUCUCAAAUGAAAUAAAUCUGCCACCACUGUUUGUGUGGUAAACUUG